AUGGCAGAACUCCGGCCCCCGACGGUGCUGGCAGAGCCGGAGCGAGCGGUCGCGCCCCGGAGACUCCGCUGCCGGCCCCGCCAUGGUCUCGGCUCCGCGCUGCCCGCCCGGCGCCCGGGGGCUCCUGGCGCUGCUGCUGCUGCUGCCCCUGCCCGGGGCUCGCGAGAAUUAAAUGUUUGCCAGUUUACAGCCCAGGAAACAGAUGAUGCGGAGUGGCCUGAAGGUGUCUACUACGAAGGAAAAAGGGAUGGUGGCGUGGAAGAGGUGAACCUCUCCGCGACCCUUGGACGACUGCAGCGACAGCAGAUCAAGGAGCUGUGCACAAGCUUUGCACCAAUUUUCUCAGCCACUCCAGGACGGACCGAAUGGGCAUACCACUCCAUUGACACAGGUCUGUGUGGGGCCCCGCCAACGUUCAGUCGUGCCGUCCACCAUGAUACUAGUCGCACAGAGGGCUUCCCUGUCGGCACAGAAGUGACAUACAGGUGCCGUGACGGCUUUUUUAAAAUCCCUGGACAGUCAGACACACUCGUUUGCCUUUCAAACUCUGAGUGGUCAAUCAUUGGAGAGUUUUGUGGUUCUAGCUGUGGUACCGUACCAAAGUUAAAAUCUGCUGUCUUAAGUAAGGAAGAUGAGAAGAAGAAUUUCCAUGCUAAUGGGACCACUGUGAGUUAUGUCUGUCGUCCAGGAUAUGAGGAGACCGAACUGAGACCUGUCAUUACUUGUCUUGAGAAUUUCACAUGGUCAGAAGCCCCUGAGUUCUGUAGAGGGAAAUCGUGUGGUGUUCCAAAAGGACCAGAGCAUGGCAGAGCUGUUGAUACAACAAAUUACCUGUAUGGUGCAAGAGUAAACAUCAUUUGUGAUGAAGGGUUCAGAUUACGUGGGAGGCCUUUCAUCCAAUGUAUGGUGAAGGGAGAUCAAGUUGAAUGGAGUCAACUUCCAACUUGUGAAGCCUUAGUCAUAAUUACCCAGGACAAACCCACGACUGUCCCUCCUAAAGGAACAGAAGUAGCUGGUACUUCCUCAGACAUAAUUACCCAGGACAAACCCACAACUGUCCCUCCCAAAGGAACAGAAGUAGCUGGUACUUCCUCAGAUCCUUAUCCACAUUUUGUUAUGAAGAAUUCCAUACAUUCUGUCAUAAUUACCCAGGACAAACCCACGACUGUCCCUCCCAAAGGAACAGAAGUAGCUGGUACUUCCUCAGUUGUAAUUACCCAGGACAAACCCACAACUGUCCCUCCCGAAGAAACAGAAGUAGCUGGUACUUCCUCAGGGCGUAGUAUUGAUACACUCAUCGUCAUUGUCAUUGUAAUUGUCAUCGUUGUCAGCAUCAUCGUCAGCAUGGUCGUCAACAACUGCACUGGAAUAUGUGCAGCUUUGAAUAAAAAAUGGAAAAAGAAAAAAGGUUGUUACAGUGUAAAUCCGGAUUCCCCAAAGCAUCAAAUUACCACAGAACAUGAUUUCGAUAUGAAUGAAUCAAAACGUAAUUUGAUCUUCAAAGGUUCUUAUACAAUGCUUAUCAACCUCAUAUCUGAGCACCUUCCGCUAGCGCGUUAAGCAUCGUGACUAACAUCUGUCAUGUGGUGGUUAUUCUCUCAUCCUCUCCCCGAGGGGAGAAACGAGUCCAGUGGACUGUCUUUUGUUGUAUAAAUGAUGCUGGCUGAUGGCUCUGGUUUACGCAUUAACAGACAUUGGAAGAAAAUCAUGGAAAAGUUAGGAGAUAAAUGUCCUACAUUUGUACUGAAAUUUCUGUUGUGAAAAUAGAUUCCUCUCAGGUAACUGCUGUUACUUUCACUACAACUUCUCUCCUCUGUUGAGCUGGACUUGUAUUAGGUAUCCACUGCAUUUGAGUAAAGCAGAAAGACCGGAGGUGGAUCAUUGCUCUUGCCCUUGAAAAUGGCUUCCAAAGCAAGCAAGGCAGUUAGCAGGAGCAAAAUUACUUGUUCUUCUGAAUAUGCAGCUGGUUCCUUAUUCAGCCUUUCCAUAGUGCUAAAUGUUUUCCCUUAAAGAACAUAGUCACCAUCAGAGCGUGGCAUGGUUUGGAUUGUGAGUUGUAGCUUUAACUGUGGACAGCAAGAGAGUCUCUUCAGAUCCCUACUUACAAGCUCCCAUCAUGGAGUGUGUAUUACUCUUUAAACACAAAUUUAAAGAUGCCAGACACUAGGUGGAAUGUUGUAGAUUCUUCAUAAAAACAUCCAUCCUGGGUCAGACCAAUGGUCUAUCUAGCCAGGUGCUUCAUAGGGAAUGAGCAGAACAGGGCAGUUAUCGAGUGACCCAUCAUCCCCUGUCAGCCAGUCCCAGCUUCUGGCAAUCAGAGUAAGGACACUCAGAGCAUGGGGUUGUAUCCCUGGCCAUCCUCCAUGUACUUAUCUCAUUCCUUUUUUAACCCAGAUUUAGUUUUGGCUUUCAUGUGACCUUUCUUCAAA